AUGGUUCAAAGCCGUCUGGUGCAGGCCCCUCGGGACCCAGUGGAACUCCUGAACGCCUCCCAGGGAACGUCCCACCGGAAGGAGACCAGGAGGAGACCCUGGACCGAGAGAGAGGAGACCAGGAGGAGACCCAGGACACAGAGGGAGGAGACCAGGAGGAGACCCUGGGCCGAGAAAGAGGAGACCAGGAGGAGACCCAGGACACAGAGGGAGGAGACCAGGAGCCUGGACCGAGAAAGAGGAGACCAGGAGGAGACCCAGGACACAGAGGGAGGAGACCAGGAGGAGACCCUGGACACAGAGGGAGGACACCAGGAGGAGACUCAGGACACAGAGGAAGGAGACCAGGAGGAGACCCAGGACACAGAGGGAGGAGACCUGGAGGAGACCCAGGACACAGAGGGAGGAGACCAGGAGGAGACUCAGGACACAGAGGGAGGAGACCAGGAGGAGACUCAGGACACAGAGGGAGGAGACCCGGAGGAGACCCAGGACACAGAGGGAGGAGACCCGGAGGAGACCCAGGACACAGAGGGAGGAGACCUGGAGGAGACCCAGGACACAGAGGGAGGAGACCCGGAGGAGACCCAGGACACAGAGGGAGGAGACCCGGAGGAGACCCAGGACACAGAGGGAGGAGACCAGGAGGAGACCCAGGACACAGAGGGAGGAGACCCGGAGGAGACCCAGGACACAGAGGGAGGAGACCCGGAGGAGACUCAGGACACAGAGGGAGGAGACCAGGAGGAGACCCAGGACACAGAGGGAGGAGACCAGGAGGAGACCCAGGACACAAAAGACUUGGUUCAGACUCUGACUUGGGUUCAGACUCAGACUUGGUUCGGACUCGGACUUGGGUUCGGACUCAGACUUGUGGCUGGUUCUGUCGACAGCCAGACCAGACCAGGCCAGACCAGACCAGGCCAGACCAUGGCUCAGGAGGUGCCCAGAAGUAGCCCCACCCCUCACUCCAGAACCAAAGCCCUCAAUGCUCAGAGACCUGCUCCUGAGAUCAGCGCGGCGUCCGUCAGCAGUGACAACUCCAUGGGACGAUAUGUUCAGUUCAAACAGGAUCCAAACAGACCUGCUCCUGAGAUCAGCGCAGCGUCUGUCAGCAGUGACAACUCCAUGGGACGAUAUGUUCAGUUUAAUCAGGAUCUAAACAGACCUGCUCCUGGGAUCAGCGCGGCGUCCGUCAGCAGUGACAACUCCAUGGGACGAUAUGUUCAGUUUAAUCAGGAUCUAAACAGACCUGCUCCUGAGAUCAGCGCGGCGUCCGUCAGCAGUGACAACUCCAUGGGACGAUAUGUUCAGUUCAAACAGGAUCCAAACAGACCUGCUCCUGGGAUCAGCGCGGCGUCCGUCAGCAGUGACAACUCCAUGGGACGAUAUGUUCAGUUUAAUCAGGAUCUAAACAGACCUGCUCCUGGGAUCAGAGCGGCGUCCGUCAGCAGUGACAACUCCAUGGGACGAUAUGUUCAGUUUAAUCAGGAUCUAAACAGACCUGCUCCUGAGAUCAGUGCGGCGUCCGUCAGCAGUGACAACUCCAUGGGACGAUAUGUUCAGUUUAAUCAGGAUCUAAACAGACCUGCUCCUGAGAUCAGCGCGGCGUCCGUCAGCAGUGACAACUCCAUGGGACGAUAUGUUCAGUUCAAACAGGAUCCAAACAGACCUGCUCCUGGGAUCAGCGCGGCGUCCGUCAGCAGUGACAACUCCAUGGGACGAUAUGUUCAGUUUAAUCAGGAUCUAAACAGACCUGCUCCUGGGAUCAGAGCGGCGUCCGUCAGCAGUGACAACUCCAUGGGACGAUAUGUUCAGUUUAAUCAGGAUCUAAACAGACCUGCUCCUGAGAUCAGCGCGGCGUCCGUCAGCAGUGACAACUCCAUGGGACGAUAUGUGCAGUUCAAACUGGAUCCAAACAGACCUGAUCCUGGGAUCAGCGUGGCGUCUGUCAGCAGUGACAACUCCAUGGGACGAUAUGUUCAGUUUAAUCAGGAUCUAAACAGACCUGCUCCUGAGAUCAGUGCGGCGUCCGUCAGCAGUGACAACUCCAUGGGACGAUAUGUUCAGUUCAAACAGGAUCCAAACAGACCUGAUCCUGGGAUCAGCGCAGCGUCUGUCAGCAGUGACAACUCCAUGGGACGAUAUGUUCAGUUUAAUCAGGAUCUAAACAGGUGA